AUGUAAAUACAACAUACAUUAUACAUUCUCUGCGCUUGUUUAGAAAAAAUUUAUUUUUGCUUCAAGAUAUUUUUUAUGCUACAGAAAUAAACAUAUAUUUUUUAAAUGGAUACUAGUCUAGACAAAAGCUCAAACAGUGAUAAUACUUUGGAAGAUGGUGCCUGGAUGGAUUCAUUUGACAAGUUAUUGGAGCCAAGACCGAAGUUACGCGAAUUGAAUAUAUUGAAGAAAAAAGUACAUGCUUCAUUUAACCGUGAUUCUAGUGUGGAGAAUAGCAUUAAUAGCAAAGGAAGUGACUCAAUUUAUUUGAAACCAAUCUCUUCGGAUAUAAAUGAAGAUAAAUGUCGAAAAUCAAGUAUAAUUUCCACACCUUUGAUACAUCGUGGGAUAAAUGUUGAUCCAUUUAAAUGUUCAUUAUCACCAAUCGGAGCAUGGCGCUUAAUGUAUUUCGGCAAAGGAAAAGAUGCUAGUAAAGAAGAGAUGAUAGUUGGCAAUCAGAAUAAAAGACAUUUACUUGGUCCGUCAAUGAAUUCGGGAAUUAGGACGAUUGAAUUCGAUGAGUCGGCAAGAAAAGCGUCUUUUCAAAACUUACCCACAAUCGAGUCAAGUUCGAACAGUAGCAAUCGUUGCGUUCGACCGAACAACUCCAAGCAUGUAUGCUUCGAGUCUGCAAUUGACAAUACAGCUAAAUCUUCAACAGGGAGGACAUUAAUCAAUCCGGCAUACCGAGAAGAUGAUACCCGUACAGAUGUUAUACAAAAGCGUGUUCCCAGUCUUACUCUACAGCCAGGAAAGUGGCGGAAAUCAAUUUGCUUAUGGCGUCGGAAUCAAGUUACAAAACGCUCGAGUUCGUUGGCAAGAAGAAAGUCUGAUAAACGUAACAGUUCUGUGGAGUUUAUAGGCUUUAUUGACUAUGUUGUUGGUAAAAGAAAGUCUAUAUACUUAAAGCCUGAACGUGUCUCUGAAAACUUACCAUGUAUACCUGAUAAUGAAGACGAUUGGGAACGUCGAGUUUUAAAACGCUGCAAUCAAUCUUUUCCAUUACCCUUUGAAGAGCAGUAUGCUACAGAUAAUUUAAUGUAUUGUGUGAAAAUUGGUGAAGGAGCUUAUGGUGAGGUUUUUUUGAAAGCCACAAAUAGAAGAAAAACACCAGACGCAAGUAGUACUGUAAUGAAAAUAAUACCGAUUGAGGGUGAUAUUGAGGUCAAUGGUGAAAAGCAAAAGACUUUUGAAGAAAUAUUAUCAGAAGUUGUAAUUUCAAUUGAACUGGCUAACUUACGAAAAGAAAUUGACUCUGCAAAUAUAACAAGUGGAUUUGUUAAUGUAAAAAAGAUUGCUUGCGUGAAAGGAAAAUAUCCUCAGCAUUUACAAAAGUUAUGGGAAAGUUUUGAUAAAGAGAAGGGAUCAGAAAACGACCAUCCCGAUAUUUUUGACGAAACUCAAAUCUAUAUUGUUUUAGAGUUGGAGUUCUGCGGCAAAGAUCUAGAAAGUUUCACGUUUCUAAAUGCUGAGCAGGCUUACUUUGCACUUGUACAAGUUGUGCUAACAAUAGCUGUAGCUGAGAAUGCGUAUCAAUUUGAACAUCGUGAUUUACAUUGGGGAAAUAUAUUAAUUUUAAACACAACUGCGAAGGAGGUAAAAUUUACAUUGGGAAAUCAGACAUAUGCUGUGCCUACAAAAGGAAUUAAAACUACACUCAUUGAUUAUACUCUUUCGCGUAUGACAUUUGAUAACUGUUGUCACUACAACGAUAUCUCCUGUGAUGAAGAUCUUUUCAGUGCCAGUGGUGACUAUCAAUUUGAUAUCUAUCGUAUGAUGCGUGAAGCUUUAAGGAAUAAUUGGGAAACUUUUGAGCCACGAACGAAUAUAUUUUGGAUAUCUUAUAUUAUUUCAAAAAUGAUUGAGGGUGUUAAAUAUAAAAAUACUCGUACCAAAAUUCAUACUACAUAUUAUUCAAAGCUUAAGAAUCUCUUCGAAAUAAUACUGAAUUUAAAAAGCGCCAUUGAAUGCGCUAGGUAUUUAUUAGAUAUAAAACCUUAGCCUAUUUAAUUUUAUACCACCUGGUGCACGCAAAGUGUGACUGAUACUAACAUAACUUCAUUUUAACUUAAUUAUAUACACCAUUAUUUUUACCCACAUUGUCAUUGCUCAAUACCAGAUUCAUUGAGUCAUUUCCUUUGAAGGCAGUAUAAAAACUCUCCGUUAUAUUUCAAAUACUUUUAUGCGUAUUUUAUUAUAUUUUUUUCUGUAAUUUAUUCAUUUAAUUUAUUCAUUCUUUUAAACAAUGUUAUCUUUUGUAAUUAACUAACUUUAUUUUUUGUUUACCAUGGAAUUUUGUAACGAUGUAUUUUGUACAUAUGUAU